UCCACCCCCCUGCUGCUGCUAGGCUUGCGAUUGCCGCUCGCUCCAGCUGAGCUAAGAGUAGCAGCAGCACCAGGGCAGGGACUGACUCCAGCCCUUGGACUUAGGACAUCGCAACACCUUCCCUUGCGUGCGUGACUCAUUCGCACAUCCUUUCUGUUUAUGCCUGGGGUGGGGAGAAAAAUCCCAAACCAGUCUGGGUCCCCUGCAGUAUUUUAUAUUGAAAUAACCUGCACUCUGAACAAGUCCCAGUGAACAGAGACAGAACCCCCUGGGCUGCCACCUGCACGUUGGCUUGGCUGUCAGUCAUCUUUCCAAGGAUCGCUGGAAUCUGCAUAGAAACCACCUUUGCACACAGGGAAUCUACUCCCCUGGCUCCUUCACAAGUCUCAGUGCAGUGGACUCUCCUUCCAUCCUUCCACCCUGCAACCCUCAGCCCUUUGAGCUUCAGCUGGCUGCUGUGUAAAUGAGUAUGGAAGAUUAUGAUUUCCUGUUUAAAAUUGUUUUAAUCGGCAAUGCUGGUGUGGGGAAGACGUGCCUAGUCCGACGGUUCACUCAGGGUCUUUUCCCCCCAGGACAAGGAGCCACAAUUGGAGUUGAUUUUAUGAUUAAGACAGUGGAGAUUAAUGGUGAAAAAGUAAAGCUUCAGAUCUGGGACACAGCAGGUCAAGAGAGAUUUCGGUCCAUCACCCAGAGUUAUUACCGAAGCGCCAAUGCCUUGAUCCUCACCUAUGACAUAACCUGUGAGGAAUCCUUCCGUUGCCUUCCUGAGUGGCUGCGGGAGAUAGAACAAUAUGCUAGCAACAAGGUCAUCACUGUGCUAGUGGGCAACAAGAUUGAUCUGGCUGAAAGGAGAGAGGUCUCCCAGCAGAGAGCUGAAGAAUUCUCAGAAGCUCAGGACAUGUAUUAUCUGGAGACCUCAGCCAAGGAAUCCGAUAACGUGGAGAAACUCUUCCUUGACUUGGCCUGCCGCCUCAUCAGUGAAGCCAGGCAGAACACACUUGUGAACAAUGUAUCCUCACCCUUACCUGGAGAAGGGAAAAGUAUCAGCUAUUUGACUUGUUGUAAUUUCAACUAAAGGCUGAGGCAAGGAGAAGCAAGAGGAAUCAGCAGUUGCCCUGAUGGGCCACCAAUUGCUGGGGAGAUCUGGCGAUGACUAUGGGUCCCGCUCUAGGACCUUCUGACUCCUGUGGGCUCCUGAGCUUACAAAGCAUGGCAGGCCAAGGGCCUCGUCCACAGGCCAGCAUUAGCAGAACAUAUAAUGGUUUCACCCUUUUGCAGUCUGGAGUCGGAUCAAGGAGAAAAUUGCACUAGGCGCUCCGUGAUCUGCAGAGCAUGUUGCUUUUGUUUUUUUUAAAAAAAGCAAGUAAAACGCAUUCCUGAACACAGUCCAGGGGGAGACGUACUGUAGGGGAUCCCUCCUGCACGUCAGUGGGUGCAUGUGGGGGCUGCUCUUUAGGGCUUCUGGGGGCCCUGGUUUUCUCGUCUACCAGGUAAACCAAAACUGGGAACGCCAAGUCCUGUCUCUGGUGCGUGCUGAUGGCUCCAUGGAGAUUUUGAAAAGUGUUAUUUCUCUUUUCCAUGGGCACUUUCGAGAACUUUGGGAUGUAAAAAUGAAAUGAAACCUUUACCCGUGACAA